UACAAAUUUUGGAUUUUCUUCAAAGUGUUUUUAUAAAGAAGUGCAAAAUUAGUUAUUAUCGGUGAUUUUCAUCAGCAACCAUGCCUGGAGACGAUAUGCAUGAGCCGGAGACCCCGGCAACCCAACGUCUUACGAAUGAUGACUUCCGAAAGCUACUGAUGACUCCGCGAGCUCCCAGCGGAUCUGCACAUGCAGCUGGUUCGGUCCGGGAUGCAAUGGCCAAAGCUUCGACCUCAUCUUCUACUUCAGCUAUGAAACCACCGUCAUCUGAGCGGCAUGAAGCUCGAAGAAAAAAGAAAAAUUUCUAUGCCCAGCUGAAGAAGCAGGAGGAUAAUAAGCUUGCCGAGCUGGCAGAGAAGUACCGUGAUCGUGCUCGAGAGCGACGUGAUGGAGCUAAUCCGGAUUAUCAGAACCUGGAUCCAACUAACUCAACCAGUGGGUACCGAGCUGUGGCACCAGACAUCAAAUCUGGAUUGGAUGCAGCUGAACGACGACGUCAGCAGAUUCAAGAAUCUAAGUUCUUGGGUGGUGACAUGGAGCACACUCAUUUGGUCAAAGGUUUGGAUUAUGCCCUGCUCCAGAAGGUACGCUGUGAAAUUGUUGCCAAGGAACAUGAUCAGGAUGAAGAAAUGGAAAAACUUGCUGAUAUACCAGCAGAAGCUCCGGUGAAACAACCAAUACCAGAAAAAGAGCAACCAAAGGGAGACGAAAUUGAAUUUCGAACUGCGAUGGGAAAGAAUAUUCAUCGGAUUCUAGAAAUCCAAAGAUCACGUAAUGUAGAGCGCAAUGAAAUGUUUGCGCCUGGAAGGAUGGCUUACCAUAUUGAAUUGGAAGAUGAAAACGUAGAAACGGAUAUCCCAACAACAGUUAUCCGCUCAAAAGCGGAAGUACCCAUGGUAGAGGGUGAUACUCAGACACUCACUACUAACGAUAUUGUCAUCAACAAAUUGGCUCAGAUUCUGUCCUACCUACGUCAGGGUGGUCGAGGCAAGAAGAACAAACGUAGGGACAAAGAUAAGCCGCUUUUCAAACUUCCGGAAGACAAACAUAUGGAUGAUUCAAUUUAUGGAGAUAUUGGUGAAUACAAACCAUCCCGUCGCUUUGAACCAGGUGCUUCAUCAUCGAAGGUGGAUGACAGCCAGAGCAAACAUAGAUAUUUCGAUAAAUCUAACGAAGAAGAAGAACGCGAAACAGGAACAAUUCAAAUCCCAGCCCCGCCAAAGCUAUCGGCGCAACUUAUCACAAAGCUGACAGCCGAACCAGAGGGCUAUGCAGAAUGCUAUCCGGGACUGCAAGAAAUGAACGAUGCAAUAGACGAUUCUGACGACGAGGUUGAUUAUACGAAAAUGGACCUCGGCAAUAAGAAGGGUCCGAUUGGACGAUGGGAUUUCGAUACACAAGAAGAAUAUUCCGACUAUAUGAGCAGUAAGGAAGCUCUACCCAAAGCCGCAUUCCAAUAUGGUGUGAAAAUGCAGGAUGGUCGCAAAACUCGUAAACAUAAGACAGAAAAGAACGAAAAAGCAGAAUUGGAUCGAGAAUGGCAACAAAUUCAGAAUAUUAUUCAUAAACGUAAGGCUAAGGAAGGAGGCAGUGGUGAAUCUGAUUACAAAAAGGCCAAACAAUAAGUCUGUAAGAUGAACUUUGCAUUUUUUGUUUUCAAUUGAUGAUUUUUAUGUGAAAAUGUCAUCAACAUACAUUACCUACUUUUAUUUGGUUCAAAAGAAAAAGAAAAUAUUAAUUUGCCGGACAUAAAAUUCAAAUGUAAAAUAUUUUAAAAACUACAAGGAACGCAAUGGUGACGUAGGACUAUGUGGUCUCAUACAAUAAAUCUUAUUUGUUAACUGCAGCAGGAGCUUGUUUUUUUGUAGGAAUAGGAAUUUGAACGGGGUUCUCUGUUUCUACUCUUUAGUAUG